AUGAUCACGUCUCGGAAUUUUGGCAUGGUAUGCUACGUGCUCACGUAUGUGCGGUACAUCAAGGACAACUCGCUUCUGAAUGUUGUCUUGUCUGUCCUGGUCAUCAUCCUCUCACAAGUACUGCAGCAAAUGGUCACUCUGUACUACAAAAAGCGCCAGGACAGCACGGAACUGGGAUCCAAUCCCAGCGAGGAACUCGCGACAAUAUUCAGAGUGCUGAUGAAGGGCCUGCGGUACUAUCAGACGGUUUUUGUGCUGCAGUUUGUGCUUUCUCUGCUGUACCAUUUGAAAAUAGACAUUGACAGGGACGUAUGUGCGUGGAAAAACGGCUACAUUUUCGUGGACCUGGUAGGCGAGUUCGACUGUGGUCAGGGCGGAAAGUGGAUGAUCUUCAUGCUUGAUAUAUUCUUGCUGCUGUCGCAGUUACUGACUUUCAGUGAAUGUUUUAAUACCUGCGGAAGGACAGUAGGUGAGACAGUACGAGAAACGAGCCUUGAAGGCUUCAACUCCCACGACUUUGGCAUUCUGAGCAUACUGAGAUUUGACUCACUCGGCACACAGGCGCACGAGCUCGGUUUUAUCUCCGAAGGACGGACCCUGGGCUCUCCGCCCGACGAUUCCUACGGUAGCAUUAUCCAGUCACGUGAUCUCGAAGUACUCGGACGAGUACCGUGA